GCAUGUUAGGAGUUGUGAAGAGACCACUCAAGAGAGCUACUAUUCACAGCAGGGCUAGCUGGCUAAAUUAGUCCUAUUUGGGCCAGCGAGGAGACCAGGGGGAAAUUAGCUGUGGGAUCCCAGAGCGGGUAAUCUUCAUAAAAAGGGGAAGGGGAAGGAAGGAAGUGGAAUAAAAGAUCAGGCUAAGUUCAAAUGGAAAGCCAGGCAGAAUAGCUCUGUCUUACAGGCCCGUGGAAGGAAAUUAAAUCCUGCCGGGCCCUGGUCUCAUGGGGCAGAGCAUUCCACCACUGAGAAGGCCCUGGCCCUGGUGGAGGAUAAUCUGACUUCCUUAGGGCCUGGGACCGCUAAACUAUGAUUAUUCAUGGACCUUAAGGUCCCCUGUGGGGCAUACCAGGAGAGGCGGUCCCGUAAAUACAAGGGCGCUAAGACACAAAGGGCUUUAAAGGUCAAAACCAGCACCUUAAAUCUGACCCGAUUCUCCACCAGGAGCCAGUGCAACUGGUAAAGGACUGGGUGAAUAUGCUCCCAUGGCAGGGACCCCGUGAGGAGCCUCUAACCCUAACCCCUGCGGCUCCAUGGAAAGGGGGGCAUCAAGGAUUACACCCAAACUCUUAACGGAAGGCACUGGCUCUAAUUGGGCCCCUGCAAGAGAAGGGAGUUGGUCCCUCAUCCCCAUACCAUCCCAAAACAGCCAGAGGACCUCUGUCUUCAAAGGAUUUAGUUUCAAUCGGCUCCCAUGAAACCAUCUAGCCACAUCUUCCAAGCAUCUGGUCAGGGUGUCCGGGGCCGAGUCGGUGUGGCCAUCCAUCAGCAGAUAGAGCUGAGUGUCAUCAGCAGAUAGAGUAAAGGUAUGGUGGCUGGGGAAACCCAGUCAGAUGGACAGUAAAUAAUAAUAAUAAUAAUAAUAAUAAUAAUAAAUGCAUUUACAGUGGUACCUCAGUUUACAAACUUAAUCCAUUCUGGAAGUCCGUUCUUAAACCGAAACCGUUCUUAAACCAAGGCGCGCUUUCCCUAAUGAGGCCUCCCACCGCCAAUGCCCUUCCACUGUUCGGCUUCCGUUCUUAGACCGAGGUAAAGUUCGCAAACUGGGACACUACUUCCAGUUUUGCGGAGUUCGCAAACAGAAUAGUUCGUAAACAGGGCUGUUCUUAAACCGAGGUACCACUGUAUAUAUAAAUCACCUCAAGGCAGUUGUUCAGGAGGUGAUUAAUAAGUUGAUGGUAAUUGCACAAAAUGGCUGCUGCAUGUAAAAGCAGUAAAAGACAGGAACCAAAAUGGGACAAGCAUGCUCCUAAUUUUGGCCCCUGUGGAUUUCUGAGGGGAGGUAUUCAUUGGGACUUUUCGCAGGUGCCAUAGCUGCUGGUGGGCACCCAGGCACCUGUGGGCACUGGGUUGUCAUCCUCUGAUCAUGUAUGUAUGAGUGGAAGCUAUUUUGCUGCCACAGGAACAAAAGGCACCACUUUUUCCACGUCCAUGAUGCUUUUCCAGCCCUUCUGAAACUAGCGAUGGGUUCAUAGUUUCCCCAAUGUGUCACUAACUCAAUCUGAAGCAGAAGCUAAAAAAAAAAGUUUCCUCACAAGAGAUUUAUUUUUAGCUGAGUCUCUCUUAAGAGAGUAGACUGAACAGGCCCGUGGAUGAAGCCCUCUUUCGUAUUUUUCUCAGGCGCUAAUGUUCUCACACUCAGCCACAAAUUCAGUUUCCUCUCGUGGCCAGCUGGUGCCCCUGACUGUGUCAUGUCCUGACAAGAGUCUGCUUUCAGCACCCAAUGCAUUUUUCCUGUUUUGCUUCAUCUCGUGCCUAAUCACAAAAUUGGAAUUGCAAUCAAUUGGCGCUGGCCUGCGACAGGGCCUUCUUGGUAGUAGCACCCCAUUUGCGGAAUGCCCUGUCUGGUGAGCUACAACUGCCAGAGGGGUGUAAUCGCCAACCCUUCUUCCCAGGGAAUUCUGUGAAUUGCAGCACUGUGUACGGGUCUCUCAGCACCCUUAACAAACCACAGUUCUCGGGAAUCUUUGAUGGAAGCCAUGACCAUAUAAAGUGGUAUAAUUGUGAAUGUGGCCACAGUGGUCAAGGAGCUGGAAUCUUUUUCAGCCCGAGGGCCGCCUUCCCCUCAUGGCAACUCCCUAAGGGCCACAUGCUAGUUGUGGGUGGAGCCAUUAAUAUAAAAAUUGUAUUUUUGAACCACAGGCUAGUUGUGGUCUACACACUCGCCUACCCCUUUCUCUCAAUCAGGCCAGCAAGAGGCAGGAUCAGGGUUCGAUGACACAUUCCAGUCAGGCAAAAACACUCAGCAGGGCUAGUGAGGGGUACGGCCAUGGGAUGUGGUCUGGGGAGAGCCCCAAGAAGCCACAUUUGGCCUCUGAACCUGAAGGUCUUUGCCCUUGACGUGUCAGGACAGGAGUCAGUGGAACUUCCUGCCUCAUGGUCCCAUCGCCUCGAAGCCUGGCUCACUAUUAGGAUUCUGGCAUACAGUAACGGAUGUGCGAAAGGCAGGCCUCUUCCACCAACCAACAGUUCGGACCACAAACCUGACGGGCCACUUUGAGGCGGCGACAGAUGACUUCUGCCCUCUCCGUUCCUCCAUCGCCGCCUCUCGAGUGUGGUUUUUCUGCAGCAAGAACGGGAAAUGAAGUCAGCGUUGCCCUCUCCUGCAAAGCAAGCCUGCAAUGCCUCACUCAGGCUGGUGCACUGAGAAUUGGAAGUCUUUCGUCGAGGAAAUGUUUCGCACUGGCGGCUUCCUGCGUGGCGGAAAUUAAGAAAUCAGUCCCUUCAUCCUAUGUGGCUUCCUCUCUUGCUUCCCUCCCUCCCUCCACCCCCCACCCACCGAUCAGUCUCAUCGGCCCAAGAUUACGGAAGGAGGUUUACCGUAAGCUUUAAGCGCUUACAGAAGGCGCAACCAACAAGGAGAGGGCGCCCCUUUGGUGGCACCAUGGAUGGAGAUUUCACUGAGAUGCUGGAAGAUUUUGUCUCGGGGCCGCUGGUCACCUGGGUGAGCAUCUGUGGGGGGGGGGCAGGAGGUUUUGAGGAGGGGGUGUUGUUCUUCUGGGUUGUCCUAAAUAAAGGCCUUAUAUCCCUGGUUUUGAAGUCAUGCUGAGCCCGGGAGUUUUGGCAAUAUAUCGCCUGACACCGGUGGUCUGCUGGGUAAUUUUAUGGCAAGUUGGGCAGAUCGACUAUUUAUUUGCUUGUGUGUGUGUGUGUGUGUGUACAUACAGGUGCACACACGCACACAUAAUUGGAACACACAUACCGAGCAGAAAACACUUUGACCCUGGUUUCCAACUACCGGUAGGUAAGAUUUUGGGAAACUUUAUUACUGAACCCACCAAAUAUUAAGCUUCUUGUUGCAGUUAGGUAAAUGUAGACUUGAUAAGUUGGGGUUAUUUACAUGGUAAUGUGUAUUGCUUCACUUCCUUUGAAAUGUGGUAAGCCAGCCCAGCAGUGUUUAGGGGCCUGGCGGUUUGUUCUGCUGAACUGGACACUGGACUUAAGAACUUAUGAAAAGCCUUCCAGCCGGAUCACAGACCCUCCUAGUGUCCCUAUUUUCCAGGGAUAGUCCCAGAUUUACAGAAGUUUCUGAUUUUUUUUUUUUUUUUUUUUUCUUCUCCCCCUAAUGCCUCAACAAAUGAAACGGAUUUGUAAAAAUGUUACAUGGGAAAAAAAAUACGAGGCACUACACUUCUGUAAAACAAGAAAAUCCUUAAUAAAAUAUUUAAAAAAAAAAAAAAAAAAAAAAAAAAGAAGUUUCUGAUUUGAUCCUGGAAUGUCCCGCUUUUCCUUGGGAUUUCCUUAUUUUCAUCGGACAAAUAUUGGAGGGUGUGGACUUAUGCGACGUCCAAGUCAAGGAGAUAAGUAACUAUACAACCUUUAGAAGACAUCUGAAGGCAGCUCUGUAUAUUGAAGUUUUUUCAAUUUUAAUGUUUUAUUAUGUUUUUAUAUAUGUUGGAAGCUACUCAGAGUGGCUGCAGCAACCCAGACAAAUGGGGUAUUAUUAUUAUUACUAUUAUUAUUAUUAUUAUUAUUAUUAUUAUUUAGGACAUCCCUAUUUUCAUCAGAGAAAUGCUGGAGGGUAUGAAAGUGUGGAUUAGAUAGGUUCACCUACAAACAUGAACUGAAUCAAAUUUCUCUUCUCCUUACAGGUGCGAACCUUGGAGACGCUGACUUACUUGAGAUCUGACCAGCCCCCUUCUCCCCAUAGGAAGAAGAGACAUGAGGGAGCACAAGAAUAUUUCCUCAAGCUGGUCAGUGGGGACACCCUCAUCCAUAUCAUGGAGAUAAUGUGAGUCAUAGUGUACUGAGCGGAUCACUGGGGCACCUCUAGAGGGUCAGUAUUUUCUGGGAGGGGUUCAAGUGAGAGACAGUGUGGUGCAGUGGUUAGAGUAAUAAUAACUGGGAGACCAGAAUUAAAACUACCCACUGGGUGACCUUGGGCCAGUCACUAUCUCUUAUCCUGACUUACCUCCCAAUAUUGCUGUGAGGAUAAAAUGGAGAGAUGGAGAGCCAUAUAUGACACCUUGAGCAACUCAGAGGAAAGGUGAAAGAUAAACAUAAUAGUAGCAAUAAUGAAAAGCAGAUACAGUACUGAGAAAUUUAGGUUUGUACAAUUUAAUUCACAAUGUUCUGAUGUCCUGUAACAACAUAUUUUAUGGGGGGGGGGGAUGCACUGUGGGAUGGAUUAAUGCACAUUCAAACGGUGCGCAAGCAAAUCAGGAUAUCAGAAUGAAUACACAUUGCUAUGUAACCUCUUUGCAAGCAAAUCAGAACAAAUGCAUUUAUUAUAUUAUAUUAUAUUAUAUUAGCAGUGAGGUCACCCCCCCCCCCACUGUGUUUGAAGCUGCAUUGACACGGGAUUGUUCACACUGUUGUUCACAGGGUGGGGGCAAGGAUGUCUUCACCUGAUACGCCACAGAUUCCCCACUGUUGAAACAUAGCGUAGUUAAAUGGAACCUCCUAUUCAGAGGCGGCAGGGCACUGGAUACCAGUGGUUGGGGGGGGGCAAGCAGCAAAGUCUGGUCCCCCAUUUUGUAACCUACAUCUGGAUAGCCACUGACAGUACAGAACAUCAGGCUUCAUGGACUUAAGGGGAAUCCUUAAAUUAUUAUGAACUGAAAAUUUGCCCAGGGAAGUAAACACUCUUUCAAUUGCUUAGGUAUUAUUAAGUUAAUAGCUUUCUUAAGUUAUUUAACCACCACUACUGCUUUUCUUGUUUUUUUUUGGGUGGCUCCCAGAAUUUAUAUCCCCUGCAACCCAGUAACUGUAUAUGAAAGCUAAUUAUCAGAUUAAAUCCUGCUCAUAUUAUUUUUAAAUUGAAGACAUCAGGUUGUUUUGGAUGCUUUUAAUAUUAUUAAUAAAAGGACAACAAUAAUAAAAACUAAACGUUCAGAAGUAAUAUGUCCAUGGAACUGUAUGCCAAAAUUAAUUCAGGAGUCUUUGACGUGUCACAAGCCUCCUUUUUGUUACAGUUGCAACCAACUGACCAGCCAACCAAGCUCUAAUUAGGGAUGGAAGAGAAAUUUGACUCCCUGCACAUUUAAUGUUGAAUCUAUCAAAUCUACACUCUCCAAAACAAUAUGCAAACCAAAAUGAGGAAAAAAUUGUAUCAAAAUGCUGAUGAAUUUUCCUGAGGAUUUUUUUUAAAAAACCAAACAUUUGCAAAUUGCUGCAAAACAUGGAGAACUGAAUUUAAGAUUCAAAAAAUGAGAAACUGGGGGAACCGAAAUUGACAGAACCUUCCAUCCCAGUCUCAGAUAUAGUUGUGGUUCUUUUCAAUGUGCUUGAAGCAUGUUAAUUUGCAAAUAGAGAUAUUUCCAAUGCAUUCAAUUAAGGAAAAUCAAUAAAAAGAAAAAAAGAUUGUAUGAAUCAUUCAGGAUUCAGCUGUAUAUUUCAUGCUCAAAUAAAAGUUGAAAGGGCAGAAGCAAGUACCGUGCAUUUUCAGGUAAACGAAAAGAAUCUGGCUUCACUGGCCAAUCUUUUCAAAGGGUCUAUGAAACCAGAUAGAUUUUCUGCUGUUGUGGCAUAACAGGAAUUUCUUCUUCAGCAUUUCAGUGUUUUGCAGGGAACAUUUUUCCAGCAAACAAUCCUCCGCUAAGGAGCACGGAUAUUAAUGUCAGCAGGAAAGUUCAGCUUGUACAGCUGUGUUUUUGCAGGAUGCUCUCAAGGGAACAGAAUCAAGGGGAAACUUUUGGGACAUCUGCUGGCACGCAGCGAGUUAACAGUGGCGCAGCGCAUGGCGGGUAAAUGGGCGGGUUUAUGCAGAUUUAGCACCAAUGGCCAUCAGAGCAACGAGGCAGACGGCUGAGAAAUUGACAAGAUCGACAAAAUCCACUUUAUUUAAGGUUAAACUGUCCAUCAAGAGGCUGCUUAGCUGGACAACAAAGCAGAAACGUUGUCCGAGUGUAUUUUGUGGAAUUGGAAACGGUGCUGAUUCCGAGGCGGCGGUGAGAGGUUUGCAGCACGCAGGUUCCCACCGACACCUGAAAAGGCAACGGGAAAGGAGACCCGCUUAAUUUUUGCUUCCUUUGGUAUCGCUUCUCGGCCUUUUGGCUAAGAUCAAGUGUAGUAUCUGUUCUUAUCAGUUUAAUAUCUGAUAUGUCCUCUAUUUGAGGACUAUAUAUUAAAUGGAUUUUUGGAAUUGGGAGAUGGAAUAGGGGCUUGCUCCAUCCACUCCAUGCAUCGACCUGGUAUUGCAGUACCUCCAGGAACGGUGCACCUCCCUCUGGGGGGAAUAUUGUUGGUUCAAAAAAUAGAUAAGAGCUUAUAGCACUUUUAAGAUGUUGGCUUUUUACGCAGGAAAAAUAAGCACUACCAAAAAAUAAUCUGUGUGUAAAGUGAUUUGAUUCCACUUUCAUUUACCGGAAAACGUUUAUUGAAUACAGUAUUGUAUAGGGAAAAUAAUUAUGUACAGCUGAAAACGCUGACAGCAUUAAGAAAAAUUCAACAGUGUAAAUAGGUUUUGAUGGAUGUAAUAAUGGAAAACUGAUUGGCAUAAUUCUUGUCAACUAUGCAGGGAUAUAAUAUAUGUAAAAUGAACCAUGGAAAGAGAAGAAGGCAACUCAAUGAUAUCUCAAUGUAAAAUGCUUAUCUGAAAUUGUAAAUCAGAAAUUUUUUUAAAAAAUCAUAUUAAAUAAUAAUAAAACAAAACUUUAAUUUAUCAAAUAUUCUCUUUCCAAAACAACAGGAAAACUGAAACACAACCACUUUCAAAAUUCACCACUUAUACAAAAUGUUCUCUGCAGCUCUCCUGACCUAACAACGUUUAUAAAAAUGCCUUUAUUUGGGGAAAGUGUCCGUGAAAAUGAACACACAGCUGAAAAUGACACCUUAUAUCAGGAGAAUUUGCUUGCAAAGAUGUACGCUAGUCCAAACUGCAUCCAAAACCUCUGCAUCCGCCUGGGAUUGCACCUCCCCUCUGGCAGAGAAUACUUUUGGUUCAGAAUAACAAAUGAAACAAGCAGCAUAAUGUUCUGUUUUGGAAUGUUUUAUUUACAAAUCCUAACCCGCCGGGCUCUGUUUCCAAAAUGUUGCAAUCACCUCUUCUCACACUCCACUGCACUUCUACUGCUCAUCUAUCUGUCUAUCUGUCUGUCUGUCUAUUUGUUGUGAUUCUGCAACCCAUGGUUAGCCCUGUGAGGCGUACACUACAUUUCCCAUACGUUAGAGAUCCCCAGAUCAUCCUAUUAGAAUUACAGUUCCCAAAAUCUAUUGUGGAGAGAGAUAACUUGCUGAACCAGUCUGUUGUAUAACUGUUCCCUGUUUAAACUUGGCUAGGCCAGUAAAACAAUUGUAUAUUUUCUCUGCUGCUGGGGACAGGAUUUCCCUCCACUCAUUCUUCCAAUGUGCCUGGUUACCUUUCCUAGAGACCUGAUUCCUGGGGGAGCGCAACCUCCGUGGAGUGAGCAAAACGAAGAGGCACACAGCUUGCAAAUGCUCCAGGGCCUUCUGCAGCGGCUGCGCAGGUUCUACCAGGUGAGUAGGAUUUAACACACAUUGGAUCUGAACCCAUGGCUUCUGCUCUGCUGUCCCCACACGUUCCUGACACAACCCAUGCCACAAAAAGACUGGAAGCUGAUUGGGGUUUCAGUGCUUUAUAAAAUAAUUGUUCUAGUAUGUUGUUAUAGUAUUUUAAUAGAAACAGCCGUGUUUGGUGUAUGGAUUAUGUCAUUAUAUAGUUUGGUCACUAACAGAGCAAAACCAACCAACCACCAGGAUGAGAGAGUAUGGAUUUAGCACAACUGAGUUGUGGCUCAGCCAGGACUACUCUGAUGUAAAUCCCGCACCCCAGCUGAGCCAGAUAUAUGCCACUGUAUGUCCUUCAACCCGUUUUAGCCAGGGCUAAACUGGUGUAAUUUGAGGACAUAUUCACACCAUACAUUUAAAGUGCUAUGAAACCACCUUAAACAUUCCAUGGCUUCUCCCAAAGAACUAUGGAAGCUGUGAUUUCUUCAGUGUGUUUAGCAAUUCCCAGAAUUCCCUGGGAAGAGGGAUUGACUGUUAAAACCACUCUGGAAAUUGUAGCUCUCUAAGAGGAGGGGGUGGAGUGUCUGCUAACAAUUCUCAGCACUCUCUCCAAGGAGCUCAAGGUGACUGUUACGAAAAUCUUUAAAGUUAAAUGUUACAAAUAUCAUGCCUGAAUGUAUCCUAUCAACUUGACAGCUCAGGGAAGUUACCUAGCUUUAAAAAUAAUAUAAAAUCAACCCCUUUGCCAGUUUCCUCCAUUCCAAAGCUAUUUUCCCCUUGAAAAAGGACUCCAGGAAGUUCCCAGAGGUGACAAUUUCUGGGCUCAUUGUUAGCCAAGGGAAGCCAAAUCUCAUCACCUGACUUGCCUCAGGCUCCAGACAUGCAAAGGAAGUUCUAUUGUACUUUCGGGUGGUGGGUACUUAAGACAUAUUUGUCUAUGCUAAUCUUGUACCAAGGACUUGUCUGGACAUGUCUGCGAAGGUUAAACUAGUGUAACCCCGGUCUAUCCCUCCCCUUUUGUGACAUGUCAGUGAUGUAGCAAUGAUGUAGCAAUGAUGCUGUACAAACUGUAUUCUGGGAUGUGGUGGGAAAGUUUUAAAAGUCUUUGUCACCCCAUCCUCAGGGUUCAAAUUUCCUCUUUGAACCUACUGCGCAAUAAACUUUGGUCUACAGCUAUUUGCUCCGGUUGGUGGCUGGAAUCCUUCCUUUAUUCUGCAGGGACCCGCGGGCUUUGCCCAACGAACUGGGUGACUGAGCAGCCUCACACCUAGAUUUUCCCGUAACAUUGACAUACAUGCUCCUUCCCCCCACCCCACAACCAUUUCACCGACACAACAACCCUUCGAGGUAGGUUAGGCUUAGAGGCAGUGACAGGCCUGAAGUCACCCAGUGAGCUUCAUGGCCAAAUGGGGAUUUGAACCGUGGUCUCCCAUGUCCUCGUCUGACCCUCUAACCACUACAACACUCUCUACUCUACGCCAUGCUGAGGAAUAAGUACAACAUCACUCAAUUAUCUGUUAUUAUUCUCCCCUUCCAUGCUCUUUCUCUCUUCUUUUCCCCAGAACGAUUUGCAACAACUGAUUCUUUCAUUGCCUCCUAAUUUACAUCUUCUGGCCCAAGAUCCUCUCACAGGUAGGCCUAUUGGGAGAAAAAUUGUGGUGCUGAAACCACCAAAACAGAUGGAUCCGAACUUUCCUGUUCAGGGAAGUUUUUAACAGUUGAUCUUUUAUUGUGUUUUUUAAAGAAAUAUUUUGUUGGGAAUAAAUGGGAUUUAGAAUAUUAAGAAAUGUGAAUAAGAUGCACUAUAAUUGGAAAUUGUUUUAGUUUAAUAAUGAUAUUGGAAAGCUGCUACUUUCAACUACAAGGAAACUCAGAAGGGAGGGACUAGGGGAAGUCAACCAAGAUGUUUAAAAUGUUGGAUUUGUAAAGAAUUAAGUUUGUUGUUAUUGUUUAUCUGUUUAUUGUUCCUUUUUUCUUCUUUCAUUCAUUGAUGUAUUUUCUUUUUUCUUUUUUCUUUUUGUGUGUCAUUCUGCUUUGUGGUUUUUGUUAUUAUUGUGGAAAAUCUAAUACAUUUUUAUUAAAAAAAAAAAGAAAUAUUUUGUUGAGAGCUGCCCAAAGUGGCUGGGGCAUCCCAGUCAGAUGUGCGGCAUAUAAAUAAAAUACAGUGGUACCUCGGUUUAAGAACAGUCCGGUUUAAGAACAAUUUGGUUUACAAACUCCACAAAACUGGAAAUAGUGUCUUGAUUUGAGAACUUUACCUCGGUCUAAGAAGCGCACCGGUGGUGGGAGGCCUCAUUAGAGAAAGCGCACCUCAGUUUAAGAACGGUUUUGGUUUAAGAACAGACUUCCAGAACGGAUUAAGUUCGUAAACUGAGGUACCACUGUAAAAACAAUAAUUGUUGUUGUUGUUCCUGCGGAAUCCUGCCUGAUCUCCUUUUUUACCAAAUACGACCUAUGCCAUCAGAAGGCCUCCCUCAAGCUUUGUGCUCCUUCAAAUGAGAAAAAUCCUUGCAAGCCACAACCCCAGUUGGGAUAAAAUUUGGCUCUGGAACUUGGACCUCGUAGACCAGGCAUGGGGGUGCAUUUGCCUUCAAAUAUCACAUUAACACUUUCUCCCCCUUUCCCCCGCAAUGGUGUGAUCCAGCACAGGCUGUCGGGGAGAUGAAGAAGUUGUUGCUGCUGUUGCUUGGGAGUGCUGUCCAGGUACUUUGGAGUGUGGAAUGAGUGGGCAGGGGGCGCAAAUUUAGCUGCUGGAGGGUGGAGACAAUGGAAAGGGGCCUUUUUUGUUGUGGCCCCUGUAAUCUGUCUGUGGAAUGCCAUCCCCAGGGAGACCCACCUGACCAUGUCGUGAAUAUCCUUUUCAGAAUCAGGUAAAAGUGUAGCUCUUCUCCCAGGCAUUUGGCAGAGGAUGUUAACUGUUCUGUUGCUGAUGACGUUUUCAGCUGUUGCUUGCUCUGUUUUAUGGGUUUGAUAAUGAUCUUAUUGCAUUGUUGUCUGUUUUUAUGCUGUGCCCUUUGUAAGCUGCUUAGAUUCCCCCCCUUUUGUAUUAAGCAAGUCACAACUAAAAUAAAAAUAAAGCAAAUGGAUUUCCCCAAAUUAAUAUCCUGCCUCGUAACCUAGAUUACCCCCCAAUUCAGUAUCCUCCCCAAAUUCAUUACCUACCCAGAAAUACUCAAGGCACUUUGGAAACUAUUUGGGGGACUGGGCCCACUGGGCCUCCACCUCUUACAAACACUUUUGACCCCCAGCAAGAACUAAAACACUCAGAGUUCCCUGGAGCGAGAGGAAUUACCUACUAAACUGAUUUUAUGUCCAGAGCAUGAAUGUGUGUUUGGUCACAUUCACCCUACACAUUUAUUUAAAACACAUAACUUUCCCCAAAGAAUCCUGGGGACUGUAGUUUACCCCUCACAGAAUGCCUCUUAACAAACUACUGUUCCCAGGAUCCUUUAGGAAGCCAUGUGCUUUGAAUGUAUGGUGUGGGGGUGUGACCUAAGUGUGUUUGGGGCAUUUUACCAGAGGUGGUUUUAGGGUAGCACAAAUAGUGCGGUUGCACUGGGCGCUGCCCUCCAGGGGGUGCCAAAACAUGCUGUAGAACGGAAGCGUGAGAGGCAGGGGACGCAGAAAUUUGAGAGCCCCAAGUCCGCCACUGGUUGCACACACUUUAAAGCACUUUCCCCCCCUCUGGACACUGUCAUUUAUCCCUCACAGAGCUACAGUUCCCAGCACCCUUUAACAAACUACAGUUCCCAGGGCAUUCUUUGGUGGGGAAGCCAUGUGAUUUAAAUGUGUAAGAGAACCUGAUCGCCCUCCUUGAACAUCCCAACAGUGUGAAAGGCGUGACGAGAUCAUUGGCCUAAUCCAGACCCUUGACAUCAGCACCCAGGCUGCCUUGGCUUCUUUCAUCCAAGAGGUAAGGCUGGGCCUGGGUUUUGAGGCGGAAGGGUGUGGGUUGUGUUACUUUCCCUCUCCCAUCAUGCUUUGCACUUCAAGCCUGGUAUGAAUAGGGCAGAUCCCCAAGCAAAAUGGAAGGAAUGUUGUGAGGAGAACUUGUGAGGUAAGCCAUAGCUGUCAACUUUCAGAUUUGAAAAGAAGGGAUCAGUAGCCUCGAAAAUAAGGGAUCAGCAGCAUAGCUGUCAACUUUCAGAUUUAAAAAUAAGGGAUCAGCAGCCUCACCUGUCCCGGAGACAGUCUAAUGGAUAUCUAAUAAUCCGGGAUAGCAGCGGGAAGCAGCGGGAAACGGCGCUGAAAUAAGGGAAUUUCCCACACAAAAAAGAGAAGGUUGACAGCUAUGGAAGUAAGCACUGGCUAUAUGUAUACACCCAUUGGUUGAAACAUAGUGAGUGAGGUUGUCACCAUUCCCUCCUUCACCGCUGUUAUGUAUUCAGUGGUCUGUGUUUGCCUGAGCUUCAGUCUGGACUAAGGAUUCUGAGCUCCUGUGUUCUCAUUCGAUACAUGAUGUCCAAUCACAGAACAUUUCAGGAUUUGGGCCUCUGCCAUUGGUCCUUGAACUCUGAGUCGUGAUUUGCAGCUUGGAAGUUUAGACAGCCAGUCACGUCAGUGGCGUAGCGUGGGGGGUGCAGGGGGGGCCGGCCGCACCAGGCGCAACAUCGGGGGGGGGCGCGCUCGCACUCGCAGCUCUCUGCCCCUACUAAAAUCCACGGGUUAGGGGGCGCAAAUUACUUGCCUUGCCCCAGGUGCUGACAACCCACGCUACGCCACUGAGUCACGUUUGGAGUGGGAGUGGCCCCGGCUUUCAGGAAUGUAUAUAAGGAGUUGCUUUGCCUGAUUCCCAGUUAUGUAGUUCAAUAAAGGUUCUUGCUGUGUCUUGUCUCGUGGGAAUCCACCUAUACUUCAGCCGUCCUGCUGCAUUUCAAGUUGAUUUUUUUACACCAGCGACAGGGCAGGGAUGUCUUCACCAGAUGCCCAUAACCUUAUUUAAUUUAUCCCCUGAGGCAACUCUAGUGUGUCUCAUACAAGAGGUCAGUGCCACAGCAUGUUCUCAUGCACAACUUCCUCUCCUUCCCAGGUGACUCAGGAGCCCAAGAACAUGGUGAGGCUGCAGUGGAAGGAACUGGGACCCUCCGAAACGGAACAGUUGCUACAAAAUGUGGUGUCUCGGAUUCAAGAGCUGGUGCAUGAGCGAGACGCAGGCUUGGAGGUGAGGGAUGCAAUGGGCUGCGUGUGGUUCUAAUUCCCGCCCUCUUCUCAAAGUGCUGGCUUUUCAGAGAAACAUGGCACCUGAGCCUAGAGAUGCCCUGGGAUCUGUUUCAGCAUCAUGACAACCUGAAUCUAGCCAUGACUGGGGGCACACCCCCUCUAACUUCCAUCCACUCAUGCAGAAGGCAUGACCAGAGUUCAAGGACACAUUCCAGCCAGGCAAAAACACUCAGGGAGUGAUGUUGACUGGGGAGAGUCCCAAGGGCCUGAUGAAUAGGCCUGGAGGGCCACAUUUGCCUGCCACACUCUACCCACAUGGCUUCAUCCUUUACUCUAUCUCCCUCUACAGAAAUUGUGGGAACUGCAGCAAGAACAGGAACACCCCCUAGUCACCCCCCUGGAGGGCCACCGUCAACAUCUUGGGGUGCAGCUUGCUGAAUCUCGGGCCCAGGUGCGGCGUCUGCAGCACGAGCUGUGAGUGGAAGUGGGGCAGACAUCUAAAAAAAAGUCAAGCAUGGGGGUGGGCAUCUGUGGGGCAUAAAAAACAAUGGGGGCCACAGCAGUUCUAGAGAAGAUAGGGGGGUUGGAUUUUAUUCUCCCACUUCAAUUUCCCCACCUAACUCUGCAAGGGCAUAAACAGGACCCUUUUAUCUCCUAUGAACAUUUUGGGGUAUCUGAUGUAAGUUCCGAACAAUGUUUUCUUUAUUUGAAAAAAUGUGGCUGACUCCUAUUUCUAUGCUGGGGGCACAGCGUUUAGUUGAUUACUCUGAGCUCCUUCCAGCCCCUAUCAAUUCUAUUGUGCAUUUAUGAUGAUUUGUGGUCACGGUGGCAUUGGAGUGGUAAUACGCAAUCCAGCUCAUUAACUCACCCAAAAAUCUGACGUAUGGUUUUCCUCUUAGAGCGUUUGCAAAAUAAAAACUCAUAUUUUUAUUUAUUAAUAAAUAAAUAAAACAAAACUGUGCUGUUUCCCCACCCCCAGGGAAGAGAAGAUGGAGGAAAUGUUAGAUCAAGAGGAUGAACGGAAGGAUUUGGAGGGGCAGCUUCAAAAGAUGCGGCAGGAGGUACUGCUAAAAAAGCCACGCAGAAGGCUGGAGUUGUCCUGGCACUGAGGAGCUGAAGGUGCACACUCUGGCCUAUGCUAUUGGCCACAGAAUCAAGGGCCACUGGGAGGCUGCACCCCCUGCCUCCCAGAAAGAGCUUCAUGGCAAGGGGGGAGACCAGCCUGGCCCCAUCCAACAUCCAGUCCAGAACAACUGCAGGAAGCCAGAAUUUUGUAAUUAAGAACUGGUGCCUGGGUUUGAUUUUCCUCCUCCUCCCUCCCCUCCCCUUUUCCUUGUGCGUCCUGUCUUUUAGAUCACAAGCUUGAAAACUGCUGAUUAUUGGUCACUGCAAGCCACUUCUAAGAAACCUUCCCCCCCCCUCCUUUCCCUGCUGCAGAGAGGGUUAUAAAUACUUUCAGUAAAUAACUUCCUGCCUUUCCAAAACCACAUCCUUCCGAGGUGGCUUACAUCGAAAGACAUUAUUACGCUUGUAGUAAAUGAUACCAAAAUAUAACAGGUCACUGGGGUCCUUCACACUGGGCAGCUGGUGGGAGAUGUGAAGGGGGCAGCUCAGCUGGAACAGGAGCAGGUGGUGGCAUCCUUCCCUCAGGGCAGCUGGUGAUAGCUGGCCUUGUUAUGGGAAGGGCAGUGGAAAAAGCCCAGCGGGAGUAACUCCUGGUGCCUUCUUUCCCUGCCUCCCUUUCUUUCCUUGUUUUAAUAAACAAAAGCUGAACAUUUAGGAACGAGGCCGGGAAAAGUUGGCAACCUUAUUGAGGGCAGGACAAGUGGAGAGCACUGGGCACAUAAUAAAUGUUGAAGAAAGCGCUGUGAGCAGCAGUCACAAAAUGGCUGUUGUGGGGACAUGGUGCAGCAUAACGUUAAAAGGCUGCUAUGGGGGCAUGGCAUAAUGACUGCCCCAUCUUAACAUACCCACCAAGUGUCCUGGAAAAAAGGGACAUCCUGUUUUUUCAUGCAAGAUCGCGGCGGCCAUUUUGGGUGCUGCAAUUUUCCUCACUCUCGGGCUAUGAAAAAGAGCUUUUGGGGGGCAAGAUUGUGACAUGGGAAAAGUUGGAUGGUAUGUCUUACAGGACAGAAAAAAGAGGGUGAGGAGAACAAAAUGGUGUGGGCAUGCCUCUCCAUUGGCUGCCCCAUUGAUGGUAGAAAAGGCACCUGCAUCUGCCACCACCACUUGCAGAGAGAGAAGCUUUCUUUGCACCUCUCUUCAGAAUGGAAAGGAGGGUGGAGGAUCCAGUCCUGGCAUCCAAUGAAAUGUGGGCAUGCUUAAGGGGACGUGUUCAAUGAAGGAGGGGCUGAGUAAGUGCAAACUAAGCAGGAAGAGUAUGUAUUGUGGAUUUUUAAGGGGAUAUUUGGUGAGACGUUUUGUGGGUGCCAUAGGAGGUACUGGCAGGCACACUGGCAGCUGUGGGUGCCACAUAGACAACCCACAGCCUAGAAUAGACCUGAGGGGACCAGCCCCCUCCCCAGUCCUCUCCCUGUGAGGCUGCAGCUCUGGCAGGGACAAAAUAGCAUUUCUUGGGACCCUGAGUCCAAGCAACCCCAGGUGACUUAUCCAUACACCUUUGCCUCCUUGUGCCUAAUUCACCUGCCACUCACCAUGCCACUUAUUUCUAACUUGUUCUCCUGCUUUCACCAGAACCGGGCACUGGUAGGCGAGGCCCGCCUGGCUGGGUUGUACCGGGAUGAGCUGGACGCCUUGCGAGAGAAGGCCUUGCGGACAGAGCGGCUUCAGGCGGAGCUGGCAGCCCUGAGAGAGCGGCUGCCUGCCUUGGAGCAGUGCCGCGUCCAGCUGAAGGUAAGGUUGACAACUGGCCAGUGAUCAGUUAUCAAAAGGGUGUGUGUGUGUCCUUUCAGCCACAUUCACACCACACAUUUAAAUCACUACAAUGCCACUUUCAACAUGGCUUCCCCCAAAGAAUUCUGGGAAGUGUAGUUUGUUAAGGGUGUGGAGAAUUGGUAGGCAAUCCCCUAUUCCCCUCGUGGAAUGACAAUUCCCAGAGUUUCCCAGGAAGAGGGACUAUGCAUGUGCACAAAAACUAACCUACUCUAUGAAGGCAACAUUUACAUUCAGUGCUCUGACCACUUACCCUUUGGCCCUGAAAAGUUGUCCCAAAGAGGAUGCAGCCUUGAUGCUGAACAAAUUCCUCACCCCUGCCCAGGAGUAAAGCUCUGCCAAGGGCAUUGCGGAUAUUUAAAAUGGUGGCUCCCAGACUCUCACUGGGAGCUGUCUGGAGCUUUAUUGUCGCUUGCCCCUGCCAGCUAAGUCGACCUGAGUGGCAUGGGCAGCGGGGGGAGGCACUGACACAGGGCGGAAGAAGGGUCCUCAAACCUAGAUCUGGCUGUGGUGUUUGAUGAGCUGCUUUGGAUGGGCAGGAGGAGCGCGAGUUUUCCCAGGCCUUGCUGGAGACAAAGGCCAUGAUGGAAGGACAGCUGGAGGCUGCUCGCGCCCGGGGGAAGCACCUGAGCCAGCUGGAGAAGGAGAAGUUGCACCUGCAAAGCUACCUGAACGAGGCCCAAGAGGUGAGAGACCCAGGGGAAGCUGCUCCAUAUGGGCAAAUGGGGCAAUGCCCCCCCCAAACUUUCAACCACCCUGUGGAACGCCCUCCCAUCAGAUGUCAAGGAAAUAAACAACUAUCUGACUUUUAGAAGACAUCUGAAGGCAACCCUGUAUGGGAAUUUUUUCAUGUCUAAUGUAUUACAAUUUUUAAUGUGCUGUAAGCAGGCCAGAGUGGCUGGGGAAACACAGCCAGAUGGGCGGGUUAUAAAUAAUAAGAUGAUUAUUAUUAUUUCGCUCUGCCCUCAAUCCUCCACCUGCCUGCCUUCUUGCUUACAUCCAGUCCGGAGGGUGGCAGUGCCUGUCAGCUUCCUCUUCCUUAAUCUCCAUGGUGGUGUUGUUGCUGCUGCUAAUUGAAAUUGUACACCGCCCUCCAUCCGUAGAUCUCAGGGCGGUUCACAACAUAAAACCUUGUGUUGCCUCUUGUGGAACUCAGCAGGGAGGACUAAACUAAAAUGCACCAAAUGUCAUAACUUUUCCUCAUGGGGAUGUCACUCGGUCUCCUUGAUCAUUUUUUGUUGCCCUUUCCUGAACCUUUUCCAACUCUUUGUGGUGAGGUGACCGGAACUGCAGCAUGAAAUUUAACAAUGAAUUGAUAUCCAUGAAAUACUGUACAGCACCAUGAAAUUUAAGCAUAGACUCUGUACACAGGAACGGGACCAGCUCUACCAACAGACAGAGGAGCUUCUAAGAGAAAACUUGGCUCUUGAGAGGCAGCUGAGGCGAAGUUUAGCGGAGCCCAUCAACAUUCUCCGUGCGGAAGAACUAGAAGGUGACUGGGCCCCAGGUGGUGAGUGUGGCCUUGCAUUUCCAUCUUCUAGCAAGAUCCUCAGAGUCAUUCUAGAGGCAGAAAUGUAUUCCCCCCCUUCAUCUGCUUCUGUAGGUCCUUCUGAAAGGCCUAUUCUCUUGAGUGAUGAGGUGAAAGAGGACAUCGGAAGGUUGCUGACCCUGGAGAGGGAGAACCAGGAUCUGCGCAGGAGGCUUCAGCAGGCCCUGGAGGAUCCCAGCAAGUCUAGGAGUUUGGAACCAAAGAACGCAGUCCUUGAUGGAGAGGUAUUUAUUUAGAGCAUUUGGUACCCUGCUCUUCAGCCGAAAAGCCUCCCAGAGCACCGUACCUAUAAUCAACUAAAAGAAAACGGUCCCUGCUCCUUCAGAAAGCUCCUCCUGUCCCUAGAGAACAUGACAUUUAACCCCAGACACAUUGACAGUUUCCUCUUUUCUCUGAUAAUUUGGACAACCAACAUCCUGAACGCGUUGUUUCCUGGGAAGUUGAUGCAAAUCAAUAGCAGUGGUCUUCCACUGACAGAGACAUAAGUACAGAAGGUGCCACAGCAGAAAAGUCCCUGCCCAUCAACUGAGUUUCUGAUAAAAGAGGCCCACAAAACGGGACCUCCCCUAGCUGAUCUUCAGGCAUGGUGGGGCAAGGGGGGUGGAAUAUGGGGAGAGUUGUUUCUUAAAGACAGGAAUGGGGAGAAGGGGGGGACAAUUUCCGGGUAGCACACUAAUAGGGGUUGCCAUUGCAGCUCUGAUGGGCACUGAUAUGCCCACCAGUAUCUCAGAAAUACACAAUCCACAAUAGACUGUUUGCUGUUCCUGCUCAGUUCCUGUGUGCACCAGCUGGCCUUAAAAAAACACCACCAGAGCUGCCACUUUGUGCUAUGCCACGCCAUAAUGACAGCCAUUUUGUGGCAGGCACCCACGGCCCUUUAGCAAAAUGCCAAGCGUGCCCACUGGCCCGAAACGGUUGGCAGUCUCACUGUGCUAAUAAAUUCUGUCCUCUUAUGUGCCCUGUCUAGCUAAAAGCGCUGCAAAGCGAGGUGCGGUCAGAGGCAAGCAAGCAGGCCUCAGACCCUGGAGAACAUUUGCCAGAGGCCCAGAAGCGGCGAGAGAGCGAGGCCUUGGCCCCAGAAAGGCAGGAAAGCCAGGGCCCGAAGCAAGAGACUGACGCUCUGGUGUCAGGGACGGAGGCGGCCUUGUUGGAAGCUCGGACUUCGCUGGGGGAGGCCGAAAAGCUGCGGGAAGCGGAGUCCCAGCGCGCGUCGGGCUUGGAAGAGAGGCUGAGGAGCCUGCAGGAGGCCCACGCCGACCUCCUGGAGAAGCGAGAGCGAGAGCGCGAGGGGUGGCGCUCGGAGACGGAGCGCCUGGUGGAGGAGGCCCAGGCCCUGGAGCGGGAGCAGGAAGCGCUGCGGGCCGGAUCCCAGGCCUUGCAGGCCGCAGCCACCCAAGCCGAGCUGGAGCUGAGGGAAGCCCGGCAGAGCCUCCAAGGCGAGCGGCUGCAGGGGGCCCAGCUGGCCCAGAAGGCCCGGCAGGCGGAGGAGGAGCUGGGCGAGGCCCGGCGGGAGCUGGAGGCCCUGCAGCGCAGCCUGGAGCAGCACAAGGUGACUCUGGCUCAGGCGGAGGCCGAGAAGGCGGCUCUGGAGGAAAUGCUGAGCCAGGCCGAGAACCUGCGGCGGCAGCUGGAGAAAGACAACCGGCGCCUCCAGGCCCAGGCCCAGGCCCAGGAGGAGGCCCUGGCGGCUCAGAGCCUGCGUCUCGUCCACCUCGAGGCCCAGAGCCGGCAGCAGGCGGCGGAGGUCAGCAGCCUGAGGGAGGCCGCCCAGCGUUUCGGGGAGCUGGAGCAGAAGGAAGCAAACCUGAGGAAGGAAAUGGACGCCAAGCAAAAGGCUUCAGCCCUCCUGGAGGAGGUAAAAGAGAAACUGGAUAUGUGUUGUGGGUCAAGCAAGUAUGAACAUAAGAGCUGGGAUCAAGCCUGUCCCUGAGGCUCCUUAAGCAAAAGUUAAAGGGACAGGUGUAAAUGUCGUAAGUAAGUAAAAAAAACAAAUCCCUGCCCCAUCAGGCUGCCUUUUAAGUACCCCACAAUAUCUAGGAGUAACACUUGGUCUGGGGCGCUGUGGGAAAAUUUAAAUGGCAGCUCCCAGACUUCCGCUGAGAACGUUCUGGUGCUUGUCUCUGCCACCAAUGGUCACAUCCGCACAACAAAUGGCUCCUCCUCCCCUCUAGAAUCCUGGAAACUGUGUUUUACCCUCACAAAGCCACAAUUCCCAGGACUCAUAACAAACUACAGUUCCCAGGAUUCUUUAGGGCAAAGGCAUGCGUGUUAAAAGUGGGAUAACAAUGCUUUAAAUAGAUGAUGUGUACUCUGGUCAGUCAUGUUCCCUGCUACAGUGAGAUUAUUUCUCAAUAUGCAUCUAUUGAUACAAGCAAGUUAGCACAUGCAAACUGCAUGGAGAUCUGUGUGCUCCUCUUCUCUGGCAGUGUGUAAGUAGCCGCUUUAUUGUUGUGCACGCCAUACACACAACAUUUCUCCAAAUUUCCCUGGCAUUGUUUCCUGCCAGUUUAAAAUACUUUGCUUGCAUAUGUUAAGUGUUUUAUCGUUUGGCUUUGCCCGCUAGAGGGCACUACAGGACAAGAACAGCCGCAGAGGCUUUAUAAAAUAAAGCCAAGUAGAUUAAUUGUACCACUUUCUGGUGGACCACAGACUGAGCCUUUGCUUGUUGCUGAUCCUUUUGCAAAAUAAUGUGGGCCAAUAGGGCUGUGUUUACCGUUCGCUCAACUUUGCUUCCAGUCCUGGCUUUUUAACCUGUGUUCGCACAACUGUUGUCCAAAAUGCAUAUGUAUAUCCUGCACUUUGUUAUGAAAUACCACUGCUUGACACAUUGUUAAGAACAUAGAUAUGUGAGAAGAGCCAGCUGGAUCAUGCCCAUGGCCCAGCUAGUCCAGCAUCCUGUUCCCACAGUGGCCAACCAGACGCCUGUGGGAAACUCACAAGCAGGUCCCAAGGACAAGAGCACUCUCCCCGCCUGCUGUUUCCAGCAACUGGUAUUGAGAAGCAUCACUGCUUCUGACUGUAGAGGCACAGCAUAUACAUCAUGGCUAGUAGCCAUUGAUAAAUUGUCUUCUCUGCUAAUUUGUCUAAUCCUCUUUCAAGGCAUCUAAAUUAGUGGCCAUCACUGUCUCCUGUGGAAGUGAGUUCCAUAUAACUAUGAGCUGUCCUAUUUCACAAACCAGCUUCGCAACAAUUUGGGUGGGUGGAACUCCACGCCCUUGUUCUCUGCAGCUAAUCCAGGGUUCAGGGCCGGAUUGAAUAAACCUAAUUGAAAGUGAGGAUGUUUUUUAGGCCUCAGUCCUAACCUCACUUACACCUAGCCCAUUUAAUAAUAAUAACAGUAGUGUUGAUGUAGAAACUACAACAUAUUAAAAUAACAAUACAUUUGAACCGUAGACAUAAGGUGACAGGUAUGCAUUCUAAGGGAUCAGUGAACAGUGCAAAGAAACUGCUUCAAAGAACCCAAACCCCCUCGAUUUCUCACCCUUCAAAUGAUGUCAAUUGUUGCAGGAGCUCCAGAGGGAGAAGGCAAAGGGGAAGGAGAGGGAAGCCGUCUUGGCUCAGCUGAAGGAGCAGCUGCUGAAGAAGGAAGAGAGCCCACAGGCUGGGAUGCAAAGCAGGCAGCAGCACCACAGGUAGGUUACCGAGUGGUGGCACAAUUUAAGCUAGGGUUUUCAACUGUCCAGAAUUCUUUGCAUACCAGGCCAGAAUUCUCCCAGCCAAUUUCUGAAGAGGACAGCUGUGGAUUAUCCCUUGUCUGAAUAAGUGAAACUAGUAUGCCUCAUACACUUCUCCCCAUAUGAACCGACCUGGACACUGUGAUGAUCCUCUGAGGCCCUCUGGACAAGAGUGUGGCUACAUGAGAAUGGGCCUUUUCUGCAGUGGCUCCCUGCUUGUUGGAAAAAAAAGCCAUAAUAAUAAUAAUAAUAAUAAUAAUAAUAAUAAUAAUUGCAGGGUGCCUUCCAGAUGUUUUGGACUAAAACUCCCAUUAUCCCUAGCUAUUGGCUGUCCUGACUGGGCUGAAGGGAAUUUUGGACUACAACUUCCAUCAUCUCUGGCUAUUGGCCAUGCUGGCUGGGGACGAUGGGAAAUGUAUACCCCAUGUCUGGAGGGUACCAUGUUGGCAAGCCCUGGGAUUAAUGUAUGUUUCGUGUCUUCCUGGCAUUAUAGUGAGGAAAACCAAAAGAGACCUACUAAUGGGAAGAAGAUGGAACUGGAGGAGGAAAACAGCGCACUCAAGAGGCAGCUUGAGGAACUACGUGCCCUCAAUCAGCAACACACAAACAACCAUCAGGUGAGAACUUGGAAAGGUGUCCUUUCAUCAGGGCACUUCUGGGCUCAUGCCCAGCAACAGAAUGAGGUGGUAGUGUCCUGACUUUAGAAGCGUAGACUGUACCACCGCAAGAGGGGAAAGCUACUUUUGAAUACAUCUUCAGUGCAGGUUAGCAUUAAAAAAUGUGAACCUGCCGCCUACAGUCUGAAGUGGUGCAAUCUAUUUUACCUCUUGUUUUACCCCUUGUUUUGUCUCACGUGUAGCCCGGGCAAGGCUCAUUCUAGGUUUGAGGGGGCCCUACAGCUGGGGUGAAGAAUGUCAGUCCCAGGGGACAAAUGUGGCCCUCAGGGCCCCUAUAUUUGGCCCUCAGGGCUUUCCUCUGACAACACCGUCUCCUCAGCCACAUUCAUUCUCCCAGGCCACACCCCUCACCGGCCUUGUUUCAUGCCUUCCUUGAGUGCUUUUGCCUGGCUGGAAUGUGUCCUUGAACUCUGAUAAUGCUUCUUAGCUUCCCUGGAGGUGUGUGAGAGAGUGUGUAGAAACUAGCCUACUGUACAAAAGGAAAAUUUACAUUCAUUGCUCCGCCCACUUUUGCUCCUGGCCCCUGCCACCAAAGGCAUGUGGCCUUUAGAAGGUUGCCCAGAAGAGAAUGUGGCCCUCAUUCUGAAAAAGUUUGCCCAUCCUUGCCCUAAGGAGAGAUGGCAUUCUUUUUUUUUUUUUUAAUAAUUUUUUAUUAAAGUUUUAAACAACAAAAAAAGAAAAACAACACACACAAAAAACAAUACAAGACUUAACAAUAUAAACACAAAACAAUUAAAAACAAACUCUCUUUUCCAUUUCCAAUUUUAAGUUACUUAUUUUCUGGACUUCCUCAUACCUCCCUCUUUUGUAUUCCAAUCCACAUAUUUGUCCAGCAGUUUCUUUUCCACUUUUUUAAUCCCAAUCUUUAAUUUAAUUAAAUGUUAUAAUAUAUAACUUCAACUUUUUUUUUUAAACCUAAUCCUUUAAUCUUAAUAUCAUAUAACUUUAAAGUUUCCCCUUUUAAAAUCAAAUUUCCAUUUCUUUAAACUUCUUUAAUCUUAAUCUUUAAUCUUAAUCUAUCCUUAACUUUAACCUGUGCAGCUGGAAACCACUUGUUUUCAGUCCAUCAUCACUCUAACAUUCCUUAAUUUUGCAGUGUUUCUGAAGAUAGUCUUUGAAUUUCUUCCAGUCUUCCUCCAUCGACUCUUCUCCCUGGUCUCGGAUUCUGCCAGUCAUUUCCGCCAAUUCCAUAUAGUCCAAGGAGAGAUGGCAUUCUGUGGUUUUAGUGUGCUGGGUGGUUUGGAGCCACCAUUUCAAUAUCCCACAAUGCCCUUGUCAUGGGAUCAUUGUAGGAAACUGAAAUGAUACACAGCUGCCAAGUUCAGAUAGUCUACCUGGGGGCAAUCGAUGGCCCAGUUAUGGAGCCCUGGCAGCUCCUGAGGAUGUUGUGUGUGGUUAUCGGCUGGGCCUGAGCCCAGGCCUCAACCACUGCAGUGCAAUUCCCCUCAGGCACAGAGGUUGGUGUUCCCCAAAACUAGACUUUUGUUUUCUCUCCCCAGGCAAAGAGUGGCUUUAUUGUUCCUUUGGAGGAGCCGCCUGUGACCCAGGAGGGACAGAGUGAACAUAACUCAGGCCCGUUGCCACUCCAGGCUAAUGCCAGAAACGAGGCCCUGAGUGCGAGACUCAUUGAAGUGGAACGCAAGGUGAGCAGACGGCUACGACGGGAGUUGUGGUACAAAACCUCUGGAGGGCCCCAGAUCAGUGAAGGCUGGUCCAGGUCCAGUGCUAUAUGUCUUUGGGGAGAUCACCUCCCCAGCCAGCUGUGGAAGGCCUUCCAACUUUGCUACCCCAUACCAAUUUCACCCGGGUGCUGCCUUUACAGAACGCCGUUCUGCAGGCCGAGAAAUCGGCGCUAACCGAGCGUCUCGCCCAGCUGGACUCGCAAGUCAGCAGCCUGCAGGUGGCGCUGCUGGGGCUGCGGGGCCAAAGCUCCGAUGCGAAGGAGGAAAGCGGGAGGUGGCAGGCUCAGAACAGCGCACUGCAGGUAAGCACCCCUGCCUCUUCUGCCCCUGGGAUGGGAGCUGAUUCCUGGGAACACGGAUCCAGGUCUUCCCACCUUCUCAAGUCUAUGGAGCACAGGAAGACCCUUGACUUAUAUAUUACACACCUAGUAGAUGCUGCUGUCUCUGGGAUAAUUUCUGCUGCAAGUUCCAAAGAUCUCAGAAGCUCUCUCUGUAGUAACUUGGAGCGGGGCUUUUAGGGUGGCUGCCUCUGUUCUGUGGAAUAGCAUCCCUGUUGUGAUAAAACAGGUAAGCCACUACCUGCACUUUCUGGAAGCAACUGAAUACAAUUUGGUUCCAACAGGCUUUCCCAGCUGAAUAAAUGGGUAUUCACCACAAGUGUCUACUCAGACAGGGUUUUGUUCUGAAUGUAUUCACUUUUUUGCAUUUUAAAUUGUUCUUAAUUACUUCAUGUGAAAAUUGGCGUGAGCCAGUUGUUUAGAACACGAUUAAAAAAUAAAUGGUAAUAAAAUGUCGCACCACCACUUCAAGCUGUGCAAGAUUCCAGGGGGUCCAGGCGCUUACCUAGGGUUUGUAUUUCCUUUGGAAUUAUGUAUAUUGGAGACAUAUCUUUAUUAUAUAUGGUUUAUUUAUACAUAUAUGCAGCCUGAGCCCACGAUGGUGGGGCUCACAGCAUUAAUACCUCAGAAAGUCUUGCUUCUCCCAUAGUCACAGGCUUGGAUUCAAGCAGAAAAUCCAACAUGUCUUUCACACUCAGGCUAAAAGGAGGGGGGAGGGUAAAAGCAAAGAAAUGAGUAUAAUAAAAGCAAAAAGCAAAGGAGAAGAAAUAUGAAUAAAAGUGACUUCCAUUUGAAAGUGUCUCCAUGAUAAUCCCGAAUGGCAUCCUGUUCUUCCUCCCUCUGCUAGCUGAUGCGGCAAACUGUAGUUCCUGUGAUUCUUUGGGGAGGGAAAUGUGCUUUAAAUGUAUGCUGUGAACGUAGCCUAAGGUUGCUUUCUAUAUAUACUUAACAGAGAGUGAAUCAACUGAAUUUACUUGUUCAGGAUUGUAUGAGCAAUUGUCAUUGGAUUGAUUAAAUCUCCCUGCCCCAAGGAGCUUACAAUGUGUCCGUCUCUCUCUCUCUCUCGCUCUCAUAUCCCUGUUGCAAUCCUGGCAGGUGGAGGCAGCAUCUCUGCGUUCCCAAAAGACGCUACUGGAAUCCCAGCUCCUGGAGCUGCGGCAGAGGCUGUCUGUCCUGGAGGCAGAAGCCCGGGGUGCCCAGCAGGAGAGGGAGGAGUGGCGGGGGCGCUACGAUGCCCUCCUGCGUGAUCACGACCGCCUGACGGUGCUGCACGAGAGGCAGGGAUCUGACCUGGAGGGGUUGCUGGGGAAACAUGCCAGCCUCAAAGGGGCACUGCGUAGCCUGGAGCAGGAACACCGUGACCUGCAGGCCAGGUAAAUCUGGGACAGGGAAUCUGUAAGUUGUUGGUGUGUGUGGGGAGGUCUAUUUCUAUUUAUUUCUCUAUUACAUUUAUAUCCCACCUUUUGUCCAAGGAGUUUGAGGUGAUGUAUGUGGUUCUUCCUCUCCCCAUUUUAUCCUCACCAUAGCCCUGUGAGGCAGGUUAGGGCCAGUGAUGAGCCAAAAGUGGAUUGAACUAUGUGACUUUUACCUCCAUACUGUCAGCUAUAUUCUAGAUGUGCCAAUUUAUCACAGUUUGAGGAGAGAUUCCAGCUGGGGAAAUGUCCUUGAGGAGGGGGUGGAGCAGUACUGGAGAGGAGGUGUGGCUUGUGUGGAGAGUCCUGAGGGCCAGAUACAGAUGUCUGGAGGGCCGCAUGGGGCCCCUGGUCCUGAUGUUCCUCAUCCUUGCUCUAAACCACAGGCAACACUACGUGUUCAUUAUAUUUAUAACCUAUCAUUAUGAAUAACAGGUAGCCGCUGAUAGCCUUAUCCUCCAUGAAUUUGUCUAAUCCCCUGAGAACAGAGAUGGAGAACCUGUUGAACUCCCAUCAGCCCCCUUCAGCCAGCAGGGGAUGAUGGGAGUUGUAGUCCUAAUAGCAUCUGGAGGGCCACAGAUUCCCCACGCCUUAGGGGAACAUGAGAGAACGAUUUCUUUGGAACCAGAGUACUGAGCAGAAAUAACAAGAAGCAACAGAACCCCCAGUCUUUUUCAUUUUGCGGGGAGCACAAGGCCUUUUCCUAAACGGCACGUCUGCCUAAGUCAAACCCAGACUUCUCCCGCAGGCACAGCGAGCUGCUGGGGCAGAAAACUGGCCUUGAGCAGCGGGAGGAAGCACUUCGGGGGCAAAAGGAGCGGCUGGAGGAAGCUGAACGACAGCACCGGGAGCUGGCAGCACUGCAUGGGCACCUCAAGGAGGAGCAUGAGCGGUAAGGAGGGUGUAUCUGCCAGGGGUGAAGGUGGGAGCCAGCCCUUGCGGGCAUGCCCCAAACCUGCCGAUACUUAUUAUGUAGCAGUGGACAACUGGAUCUGGCUGGCAGGCCAAGCUCUUUCCCCCUUCACCCACACCGGCCAAGUUAGAUAGGUGGGUGUAGCUGCCCACCUGUCAAUUGCCGGAGUACCUAAUGAUAUCAGGUGACCUGUUUGACCACCAUCUUUUAUUUACACCUGCGCAGUAUUGAGGAAAUGGGGUGAGCUUGGCACUAGGGUAUGGUUACCAGACAUCCCCGUUUCUUGGGGACCGUCCCCCGAUUUACAAAUCUGUCCCUGGACAAAAUGUGUCCCCGGAAGGUGGGAAGCAGGGCCAGCGCAGACCGUGGCCUGGGGAAAGUCCCGAUGGCCAGAUAGAGAGGCCUGCGUCGCCACAUUUGGCCCCCAGACCUGAGUUUCCCCACCACUGGAUAAGCCAAGGGGACAAGGACCUCCUUUGUACACGGCAAGCGCUCUGUGACACUCCCAGCCAUCUACUCUGGGAUAGCUCAGUUGGUAGAGCAUGCGACUCAAUCUCAGGGUGGUGGGUUCAAGCCCCACAUAGGGCAAAGAGUCCUGCAUUGCAGGGGGUUGGACUAGAUGACCCUUGGGGUCCCUUCUAACUCUACAAUUGCAUGAUUCUAUGAUUCCCCAGGGUGAAGCAGGCAUUGGGCCAGACAGAACGUGAACGGGACGACCUCCAGGGAGAGCUUCAAGGAAUGAAGAACCGGGUGACCAGCCUACAGCUGGAGCAUGCGAGGCUGGAGGCUGAGAGCAACGCCCUGAAGGAGCAGAACCAGCAACUGGACACGGCGCUAGGGCGCCUGAGCACCCAGUGUGAAGUAAGGAUACCCUCCCCAUCCCCUUAUACAUCACACACAUCUUCUGGCCUAGUCCAUGUCUGCAGCAGAUCAAGUGGGAAAGCUGUUCCUUGGCUGUAACCACUGAGAAUGCUGGUUAUAAUAUGUGGGAAUACCUUUUGCUACUUUCUCGUGAAGCAGGCAUAUGUUACAGCCAGCAUCUUCUUAAAAAGAGGCAUCCCCCAAUGUCUCACCCACAGGAGGGAAUGCCUCUAUUCAAAAGUAGUUCAUUCUCUGCAUUUGGACACCUCUUAGAUUAUAACCAAAUCUCAAAUGAUGGUUCCUGAGAUUGGGGAGCAGGUUUUCCUGUGUUUGGAUACAGCUGGGUGGGUGCCAUUUUGAAUCAAGAUGGAGGACUGAACCUUUCAAAACUGCGCUGAUUUGGGGGUUUCUUAGAAUUCCUAGUGUGGGUGGGGCUGGGGUAAACACGGGUGGAAUAAUGGACGGGGCUGUUGCCCUUUGUACAGUAGGCUCAAUUCCAGCCAUGCAGAAGUCAGCCAUUUCUACAGCCACCCAUCUCUCCAGCCUCCGUGCAGACAGGCAAGCAAGAAGCAUUGUCACAGUGCAAGAGCACAUUCCAGGCAGACAAAAAUGAAGCUGAGGAAGGAGCAGAGCAGAACCAGCAAGGGGAGUGGCCUGGAGAGUGGGCGUGGCCUAGCAGGGGCAGGCUUUGAUCUUUCAAAUUCAAGGCCAAAAUUUGGCACCCCCAUUGCCUCUUGCCUUCCAUUCUGCCCAGUUAACUAUGUCAUAGUUGCAACGCCCUGCAACUCCCCCUGGGUUCAGUGCCCAGUGCAGUAGAACUGGUCACACUGCCCUAAAUUUGCCUCUGGGCCUAGUUGCAAGGGCCAUAUAAAGGGGUCUGGAUGGCCGCAUGACGUUGCACGUGUCUGAAUAUUUAGGUUUUUGAGGGCUUACAUCCAAUAUGGAUACUGCUAAUAAAGACAUGGAGAGAUGGAGAGGACAUGUCCACACCUCAAUAGUGUAGAAACCCCCCACAUUGUCAUCGCAUGGUGCGUUCCUGCAUCACGUCAUUCCUAGCUGAGGCAAGGAAAAUGUAUGGUGUGCUGACAUCACGACAAAGGUGAGCAUCCUCACACAUGACAGGAGAGACGGGGAGCCCUAAAUGCAGCUGUUACCUUUUCAGCAGAAUCCCUGUGCCAGCGUAGCAAGUUGAGUCAGCUUGUGGAGUUGGUUGCAUGCGGGGUUGGUUGUCAUGCAUUGUGUGUUUGUUAACAGGUGGGUAUUAAUUCCACCUGUUAAUGGGAUGCUCUUUCUCCCCACCUCCCACAACCCGUAGCUGCUGGCCCAGCUGAAAGGGAACCAGGAGGAGGAGAACCGACACCUUCUUCAAGAGAUUCAGGUGCUAAGCAGGGAGAACAGACGCCUGCUGGAGCACAGCAUGGAGAGCCGGGAGCAUUUCCAAGAGGAGCAGCGCCAGUACCUGUGAGUGGGAGACAACCCACCUGUGAAACAAGUAGAGACAGAUGCUAAGUAGAAUAAAUAAAUUGUAGCUGAUUGAUUGAUGUAUGAAUGAAAUCUGUGGGGAACCUCUUGCCCACAGGCAGAAUUAAUGCAUGACACUAAAACAAGUGGAGAUAGACCUAAAGCUACGGUAGUUAUUGAUUAAAGGAAUAGUAGCUGAUCAGUUGAUGAAUAAAUUCAAUCUGCCAAGCAGGCAUGGGAAACCAGUAGGCCAAUGGCCAGAUUUGGCCCACCAGGGGUCCUGAUUUAGCCCACAAGACCAUUUUCCUCCACGUUUGUCAUUUAAAAGUGUCGCUGCAAAAGAACAGCCCUUAGAGUUGUUCCUGAUUGUUUCUUUGCAAGUGUGGGUUGCCUUCAGUGCUGAUUAAAUUGAGUGCCAGGUGCAAGUGUGUGACAUCGGGUAGCUGAUAGCUGUGUGGCUCUAGUAGAUGCCUGCACAUCCAAGACAAGAACUCCAUAAGGGCCUCCUCUGAAGUUUUCUGCGCUGUCCUGAACACCUCCAGCACGCUCUGCAGCCUGGAGGACCUUGGCAUUAAAUCCCACUCGGUUUCUUCCUUAGAGACAAACUGGGCGAGCUGCGUCGGGAGAAGCAGAAGCUGGUGGAGAAGAUCAUGGACCAGUACCGGGUGCUGGAGCCAGCACUUCCUCGUGGCAAGUAAGUCCAAGAAUAAUUUGGCAACUUGUAGUCCCUGGGGUCUUCAUAAGAACCCUUAAUGCAUCAGCCCCCUCCAGCAGAGCUAAUGGUCAGGCAUGAUGGCAGUUCUGUCAGCAUCUGGAGGGACUGACAGGUUCCCCAAUCUUCUGUUCUAAAUCCUAGUGUUACACAAAUUUUUAAGGUGCACACAUAGCGGAAACCCCCCAUCCCACACACAGAAAACGAAUCCUUCACCCUUCAAAAAUUAGGAAAUAUUUCCGGGGGGAAAUAGAUACUUUAUUUGAGUUCAUAGAGUCAUCCUGAAGCCAUCUUGACUCUUAAUGAACCCAAAUAUUUUCUAUGGAGUAGAAGGAAGUAUCUUGGAAAAACAUUUCCCAAUAGUUCUUUUCACUUAAAAAUCCUACAAAUCCUUCAAAUAGAUAAACUUAUCACUAGAAUGGGUAGGCCUGUGGCAAUGCAUUCAAGAACUGAGAUAUUUACCAUUUCAAAAGAAUGGGCUGGGCUGGCUAGGAAAAGGCAAUCAGCAAGCAUUAUCAGGUGUCUUGACAGACAGGAGACAAGUGACACACUCAAAUGUCUGUUGUAGACCCGCCUCUUUCUAUGACACUCCUAUGAUGCUUUUGAGUGGUUUUAGGCUGAGGGUUGGGUAAUUUCUAACGUCUUUAAAAGUUGCCACAUACCUUUGUUCUGGAUUCUCGCCUCCUUGCAAGGCAGGGUGGUGGGGGGACUCUAUUUCAACAGAAAAUAAAGAUCAGCCUUGCAUUUUUCAAUUGGUUCUUGCCUCUACUCUUUCUUCUCUGACCUACAAUGAUACUGGGUCCCUUGAUGGGGAGUUGGGCUGUAAAAGCUAACCCCAAUGUUUUCUUGUAUCACUAGCAGAGCUUGUGACAAGCAUGCUCCAAUUGGCUAAUUCUUCACCCUCCCAACACGUACCAGAUUAAAACAGGGCCAUUGUUUAUACUCUCUUAUUCCAAGGAUAAUCUUGUGGAGCUCUGAUACAGCUUCUGAUCAUGCCAGAGAUAAUAUAGCCAUCAUGACUAGUAGAUGUAGCUGUAUUUUAAAGUCAUCCAAACUAGUGACUGUCACUUACCACUUCUUGAGAGAGCCAGUUCUAUAGUCCAGGGAUGCACUGAGUGUAGAAGGUCCUUCCUGUUAACUGUCCAGAACACCCCAUCCUUUAGCUUCCCUUUUCCUUUCCUCUUCGCAACUCUUUUAUCUCACCCGCUUUUUACCUCACAGGAAGAGUAACUGGAUUGCCGAGAAAAUACGGAAGCUGGUGAAACACCGACGGGAAGCCCCCCAUGAGCAGCUGCGCCCCAUGGCUGAGGGGGCUGGGAGCAGCGAGAGCCUAACAGGGCAGGAAGGACGUGGGGCUGAUGGAACAGGUGAAAGAAGGGAGGAGAAAGUCGUGGCAGGGGCAGUGGAGAGGUUUUCGCUCUCGGGUUUCACUAGUAUAUUGGAAGGCAUAGGGGCAGAAGUGGUGGCUCUCUGGAACCAGGGAGGGGGAACCUCAGUCCCAGGGGCCAAACACAGCCCUCCAGGCCUCUCUGUCUGGCUCUCAACAACUCUCUCCAGGCCACAACCCUCCUUGAAUAGCUUUGCCUGGCUGGAAUGUAUCCUUGAACUCUGAUAAUGCCUACUGCUUGCCUGGCUGGAGGACAGAGAAGGGAGUGUGAAUGUGUGUGUGUAAAGCAGCCUAAUGUAUUAAAUAAAGGAAGAUUGACAUCUGUUGCUCUCCCCACUUUUGCUUUUGGCCCCAAAUACCACUGGCAUGACCCCCGCCGCUUGAAGCAGGUUGCUGGAAGGGAAUACAGCCUUCAGGCUGAAAAAGAUCCCCUCUCCUGCUCUAGAAUGGUGUGUUGGACUACAACUCCCAGCAUCCCUGACAUUUGCCAUGUUGGCUGGGGCUGGUGGGAGCUGGAGUCCAACAACAUCUGGAGGGCCCACAGGUUUCCUGCGCCUGUUUUAAGGUAUUUUUGUUUCCUUUUUAUAAUUGUGUAAGCUCUCCUGGCGAUGUUUUUACACCAAAGGGCAAUAAAUGAAUGGAAGAAAGAAAUUAGGACCACAGACAGAGAUGCUUUUAUUCCAGGAUCAUAACCGCACAAGCAUGGAAUUUUAUGUUGUGAUCAGAAUUCACCCUCCCAAAAAUUGUAGCUUUCAGUUGUUUUAAAUAGACGGUGCAAGUUUCUAGCCCAGGAGGCUAAGAGUUUCGGUGCUCCUCCUUUACGACAAUUAAUUAAUUAAUUAAUUAAUUAUUGACCCUUUUUUAUUGUAAUACUAUGUUUUUAGUCCGUAUGCCGCCUUGUGAAAUUUUAUAUGAGUGCAGUUUAUGAAUAUUUAAAUAAAAUUUAAAAUAAAUUAUGUGAAAUGCAGAAUAAAUGAUGCAGAUUAACAAAACAUUAUACGGAUUGGCAUAAUGUAAACAAGGUUGCAGAAUUUUCUUGAUGCAGGAUUUAUUUGUGGAGCAAAAUGUUUAAUGUUGUUUUUAAAAAGCCUUUUAGUGUUGUAUUUCAAUUUCUUGUGCAGGGUGGGUAAGCAAUCAAAUGGUUAUUAAUUAUGGAGCCUUGCAGAGAGGUUUGGGGCUUCUCUCUCUUGAGGCACAACCUGCCCAGCUCUGCUGUCUCCUGACUUGCCUCUUUUCUCCUCUUAACCCUGCUGCCCUCAAAGUUUCCAGCACCCCCAGCUCACCAGCCCCUCUCCGGAAAGCAAGCAGCACCCUCAGUGUUUUGGAUGGCCAACAGACGCCCUUCCGCCGCCAUAGGCUGAGCUCACGGCUGCCUGCGGUGGAAUGCCCAGGAGAAGAGCAGGACACCCCUCGCCAGCGCUUCCGCCAGCGCCGUCUUGGAAUGCUGGGGGGUUCCUUCGAAGAAGCUGCGGCAGAGUGGGAAGUUCCCAGCCAGACUUCCAAGAGUGACAAGGAGAGAGGUGAGAUGAGAGAGAUGGGGUGGAGAGAGCACAUGGGCGUAGCUCAUCAAUACGAAUCAAUAUAAAUCUGAGGUUCUGCCCCCCUAAAAAACCCUGCCCCCCUCAAAAAAAAUAUUGGCUAUGCCCAUGGGAAAGCCUAUGCAAAGGGAUGGGUAGGUCUGCCUUUUGGGGAAGUGGGCCUUAUUUUUGCUCAGGACCUCCAAAUAAGCUUUGGUUCCGUAACCUGAAUUCGCUGUUAGGUGAUGGAAUCUCUCACUUGGGAAUAGUGACAAUCUGGAAAGGCCCGGAUCCUUUUAAGUGGAGGCACUGGUGGUGGAUCCCAGGACCUCCAGCAUGAAGAGCAGGUCCUAUGGCAAGAAAUUUGUGGUUCCUUCGCAACUGCUGUUUUCUGAAUGUGUUAGGAGAUGCUCAUAACAAAUAAAUCCUUAUUCUUUACCAAAAUUAGGCCCCUGCACCCUAGAGCAGGGGGUGGGGAUCAAAAUGAUAAGAAGAUAGAUAGAUUUUCUAAUACACAAAAAGCAACAAUAACAACAAUAAUAUAGGAGAAAAAGAAGAGAUCAAAGCAAGAAAAGUAUUGGUGCUGACCUUUAAAGCCCUAAACGGCCUCGGUCCAGUAUACCUAAAGGAUAUAUAUAGGUCCAGCGCCGAGGGCCUUCUGGCGGUUCCCUCAAUGCGAGAAGCAAAGCUACAGGGAACCAGGCAGAGGGCCUUCUCGGUAGUGGCGCCCGCCCUGUGGAACGCCCUCCCAUCAGAUGUCAAAGCGAUCAACAACUACCUGACAUUCAGAAGACAUCUUAAGGCAGCCCUGUUCAGGGAAGUUUUUAAUGUGUGAUUUUAGUGUAUUUUUGGUUUCUGUGGAAGCUGCCCAGAGUGGCUGGGGAAACCCAGCCAGAUGGGCGGGGUACAAAUAAUAAAUUAUUAUUAUUAUUAUUAUUAUUAUUAUUAUUAUUAUUAUAUCAUCAUCAUAAAAGAAAAAAGGAAGGAUCCGAGGCUGUAAUAAAUAUUUUCACAGAAUCCUAGAACUGUGGAGUUGCAAGGGAAUCUUGCUCACAGCCAUCCCUGUGUGGGCUCAAAGCACCAACCUUCUGGUUAACAGCCAGAUGGACAGACCCAUUGCCCCACAAAGCUUCUGCAAUUCAUUGUGUGUUUUCUGUUUUGGUUUUCUCAGGACCGCCACUGGGUGAGGAGGAACAAACCCCUGAGCGUCCAUCGUGAUGUUGUGGAGGAAGAGGGCUCACCCUCUCUGAUUCUCCAAACCUGAACUGAUGUGAACAUCUUAUUGGAACGAUGGGGAGGCAUUAAAUGAAUGCAAAGCACAGGGUCUCAUUUGGGUGGGGGCCCAGAUGCCUAUGGGCAGUGGGGCUGUCAGGACAGGACUUUGGGGCAGACAUCCAGGUCCCCACUCAGCCAGAUGAGCAGGAGCACUCUCCCUCCCCUCAACUGCAGCAGGGCUACUGGAUCGCUGCAUUUUGAAGCAAGUGAUGUAAUACCCUCUAAAGAAGGUGACCCAGUUUGAACAGCAGGUGUGGGGAGGGGCUGAGUCUGAGCACUGCAACCAUAGAUGUAUGUAAUAUGUAUGAAGGGUGAUGGGCCCGAAUUGUUGCAGUUAAGUAAUGUAUUUAAAAAUAAAGUUUAUGGUUAUUUAUCAA